AUGCGAGUAGCACUUUCUCCGAAAAUUAAAUUAGAAAUAACCCUGAAGUUCUUGGCUACCGGUGAUAACUAUUCAAGUCUUGCAGAGUCAUUUAGAGUUCCAGAAUGCACAAUUUCCUUGUUUUUGAAGGAUGUUUUGGAUGCUAUAUACAUUGUUUUACAGGAGUUUAUUAUGGUGCCAUCCACCACAGAUCAAUGGAAGAAAAUACAAAAGGAUUUUUUAGAUCGCUGGCAAUUUCCUUUUUGCUGUGGGGCUAUUGACGGGAAACACGUAUUAAUCGAAUAUCCACCAUACGGAGCAUCAGACUAUUAUAAUUACAAAGGCACUUAUAGUGUGGUGUUGUUUGCUAUAGUGGAUGCACAUUACAGUUUCAUAUAUAUAGAUUUCGGAACUAAUGGACGCAUGAAUGAUUCGCAUAUUUGGAAAAAAACAAAGUUCUAUAAUGCUCUUGAAAGAAAUAAUUUAGAACUACCUAAUAAGGCAGUUUUCGUUGACUAUCAAGAAAGAGCACGCCGAAUCGUAGAGAAUGCCUUUGGCAUAAUGGCUUCACGAUUCAGAGUAUACAGAAAACCUAUAUCUGUUUCAUUGGAUAAAACUGAUUCUAUUAUUAAAGCGACCUGUGCGCUGCAUAAGCAUAACUGGCUUCGGACUAAUCUCAUAUACAUGAAUACUCCCGAAUUAGUAGACGGAGAAGACUUCAGUUCAGGGACAAUCAGAAACGGAAGUUGGAGAAGCAUUCCUACGGCAGGAGUAGACGAAUUAAUGACACCGCUAUCUUCUAAUAACAAUUCACGAAAUGCAAAAGAUCUGCGCGAUAGAUAUGCUGACUAUUUUGUCGGACCAGGAAAAGUUUCAUGGCAAGAUAGAAUGAUUGCGUAA